UUGGGUGUUGGCUUUAUGCCCCUCUUCGUGCCAUGGAAUAGAUGCCGGACCGAUGGAACACUUCAGCUUUCGAGCGUUCUCAGUAGCUCGUCUCUGAGGGCUCGUGCAUGCCCGUCAGCCCCAGUGGGUCAGCGGCAGCAGCAUUAACAAGACUGGAGAACCUGGCUCAGGCGCUCGACUCCCCGCCGCACGGCUCUCCGCAAUCGCGAAGGUCGCGAGGAGAUGUCAGAAGAUCACCGACACAGGGGAGGAAUCGAACAGAACCAGUUUGUGUGACAAGCGCAGAAGCGACUAUCCGCAAGCUACAUUAUGAGUUUAAGGCCAGAAUGUUUCCCUUACGGACUGACGCGUCACCUUCAUCGAAGCCUGCGGAGCCAUCAUCGCCUCCAGCAAAUCCGCCGACGCCAAAGGCCGCGGCAACAUGGAAUGACGACGAUUGGUCAGCAUCUAUCGAGCGAAUCGCGAUGUUCAAGGCAUCUAUGGGACUGAAGGACUCAGUCAGGCCUCCAAAAGCUGCGGCCUCCCAUUUCUGGAGCGUGCCGUCACAGGUUUCCCAGGCAUCUGUGAGACCGGAGGACACAAGACGUCCUUAGCUUUGGCCUCCGUACAACACGAAGCAAAGGUCGAAGACGUCAAGCAGAACUUGGAGGUGACAAGAGACAACUUGCACCAAGAAGUGAAGAAGGCUGAAGAGGAAGCAAGAGCCUGGCAGGCGAAAUUAGAUGAAGUGAGCCAGAGGACUAUAACGCUGGAAAAGGAUUUGCAAGAGGCUGAGCAGAAAGAGCGAAGUCUUAAGGCCAAGAAGUGGCCGAGCAAGGACAUCAUUUUGGCAGCUGUGGCACUGGCAGCCCGGACACCGGAUAAAUUUGCAGAAGCUGCAGAGCGGUUAUGGAGCGACAAGGAUAUUGUCCUUGCAGCUGUAACCGAAGAUCCAUUUGCUUUGCAAUUUGCUGCAAAGGAGUUACAAGACAAUAGGGCAUUUGUUCUAGAGGCUGUCAGCAAAAACACUGGUGCCUUACAACAUGCUGCUGAGACCUUUCGGGAUGAUAAAGACUUUGUUUUGGAGGCCCAGACUUUGUCGGAAGAUCCUUUCAUUUUUUCUUUUGCUGCUGAGAAGCUUCGGAUGGAUGAAGACGUGUGGCUGGAGGCUGUAAAGAAGGAUGUCCGUGCGUUGCAAAACGCUCCCAAAGAGCUGAGAGAAAAGACAACAUUCAUUCGGAAAGCUAUAGCGCUUGACGGCUUCGCAUUGCAGCAUGCUUCAGACGAACUUCGCCAAGAAAAGGAUCUCAACUUGGCAGCCGCUUGCAAGCUUGCAAAUUGUGAGACAGUGACCGAUGAUAUGUGGGAGGUCAAGCGUGUGGUCAUGAAAGCUGUGGAACAAAAUGGAUACUCCUUGCAGUUUGCCUCGCAGGAGUUGAAAUCAAACAGAGAUGUCGUCUUUGCAGCCGUGACCCAAGACCCGCUGGCCCUGCAGCAUGCUUCCCAUGAGUUGCGAGCAGAGAAGGACAUUGUGCGCACAGCUACAAGCAAGGACGGGCGAGCGCUGCAGUAUGCUUCUGAGGAACUACGGCAAGAGAGAAGCUUCAUUUUGGAAAUGGUGGCACUGGAACCCACCAGCUUGAGGUUUGCCGCUGAAGAGCUACAAGGAGACAGGGAGGUGGUUAAGGCUGCUUUGAAAGGAGACACAAGUGACACAAGCGCGCUACUAUAUGCUGCAGAGGAGCUAAAGCAAGAUAAAGGCUUCAUUGCGGAGCUCGCAGAACAAAAUCCAGCCAUUUUGCAGAGUGGUGUUUUCGAGUUGCUGAAAGAUAAAGAUGUUGUUCUGGACUCUGUGGCAAAGAACCCGGUUGCUCUGAAGUUUGCGGUGAAAGAGCUACGUGAGAACAAAGAAUUUGUCCUACAAGCUGUAGAGCGAGAGGGUCUUGCGUUACAAUAUACAGCCCCAGAAAUGCGAUCAGCCGAAGAGAUUGUGCGUGCAGCCGUACGGGCCAACGGACAUGCAUUCCAACAUGCUGAUGAGAAGCUACGAAGCGACAAAAGCUUUGUGUUGGAAGCUGUAGCACUGAAUGGAAAUGCCUUGAAGUUCGUUUCCAAGAAAGAAAACUUUCAGAGCGACAGGGAAGUGGUCUCGAAAGCUGUGGCACAGAAUGGUGAAGCAUUGCAGUACGCAUCUGACACCUUGAAGCAAAACACGGACUGUGUGCUUGAAGCUGUGAGAAGUUGUCCGUGUGCCUUGCAAUACGCUGCAGAAGACCUCCAAAGAAACAAGAAGUUCAUCAAGCAAGUUGUUGAGCUGGCCCCUUUGGCCUUAGAGUUUGCUGACGCAGAGUGGCGUGGAGACCCAGAUGUGGUUUCUGCUGCUGUGACCGCAGAGCCAAAGGCCUUGCAACAUGCUUCUUUGGAGCUACAGCAAGAUCGGGGCUUCAUCCUGCAAGUGGUGGGGAGAAGACCCUCAAUCUUGCAGUAUGCUAAGAACCUGCAGCGCGAUAGAGACUUUGUGUUCGAGGCGGUGCGAGCAGAUCCCAUGACCUUGAAGUUUGCUGCCCCAGAGCUACGCCAGGAUAGGAAACUGAUCGCAGAUGCUGUGGAAGUAGACAAGAGGGUUUUUACAUAUGCCGCGGAGAAGCUAAAGCGAGACAAAGACUUUGUUCUGGAGAUGAUGGGGAGAAAUGACUCCAUCGUAGAGUUUGCUGACGUAGAACUACUGGAAGAUGAGGACUUUAUGUUGAAGGUGGUGAAGCAAAACGGCUCAGCUCUACAGUUUGCCACGGAAAAGCUACAGAAAAAUCAGGAAGUCGUUUUGGCUGCAGUCAAGGGGGAUGGCCAUGCCUUCAAGCAUGCUGCACAUGAGCUGAAAAUAGACAGGGUUUUUGUCUUGAGGGCCAUACAGCUGGAUGCUAAGGUGCUGCAGCAUGCAGGCAAGGUCUUGCAUCUAGACCAGCAGGUAGUGCUGGAAGCUGUAAAGAAAGAUGGUCUUGCUUUUAAGUUUGCUGUGCUGGGGAUGCGACAGAACAAGGACGUGGUUCUGGCCGCUGUACAGCGGAAUGCUUCGGCCUUCGAACAUGCCGCCGCAGAGCUCAAAAAAGACAAACAAUUCGUCCGAAAGGUCGUGGCCACCAAUGGACUGGCUUUGCAAUAUGCAGACGAGGAGUUGCGGGGCGACGGAGAUGUUGUGCUUGAAGCCUUGGCACAGGACGUACGCGCAUUCCAAUAUGCUGGUGAGAAAGUAAAAGGAAGGAAACAGUCUGUGCUCGAAGCUGUGAAAUUGAAAGGCACAGCGUUGCAGUACGUGUCAUACACCUUGAAGCAGGACGAGGAAGUUGUGCUUGAAGCUGUGGGAAAUGAUCCGUGUGCCUUGCAGUACGCUGCAGAAGACCUCCAAAACAAAAAGAGGUUCAUCAAGGAAGUUGUUGAGCUGGCCCCUUUCGCCUUGGAGUUUGUGACGGAGUGCCGUGGAGACCCAGAUGUGGUUUCUGCUGCUGUGACCGCAGAGCCAAAGGCCUUGCAACAUGCUUCUUUGGAGCUACAGCAAGAUCGAGGCUUCAUCCUGCAAGUGGUGGGGAGAAGACCCUCAAUCUUGCAGUAUGCCGAAGCCUCGCUGCAAGAUAAAGACAUUGUGAUGGCAGCAGUCAGGAAAAACGGCUCGGCUCUACAGUAUGCCAACAAACAGCUGCGCCAAAAUCCAGAGGUUGUUCUGACAGCUCUUAGCAAAGAUAGCAGCGCCUUGCAACAUGCGCCAGAUCUACAGAAAGACGAGGGCUUCAUUCUGGAAGCGGUGGCAAAAUGUCCCCCCGCUCUUAAGUAUGCUGCCAAAGAGCGUCAGGGAGACGAGAGUGUGGUUAGGGUGGCAGUGGAAAAGGAUCCAAGUUCUUUAAGGUAUGCUGCGGAGGAGCUACGGAAAAACAAGCAUUUCAUUCUGACCCUGGUGGCGAAGGAUUCAUCUGUCUUGGAAUUUGCCGAAGAGCUACAGGGAGAUAAGGCAGUGGUUUUGGCAGCUGUCAAGGAGAAAGGUGAGGCCUUAAAGCACGCGGCCAAGUCUUUGCGCGAAGACAUCGAUUUUGUUAUGGAGGCUGUGCAACUUGAUGGUAGGGCUCUGCAGUUUGCCUUUCAUCCACUCGAUAAGACAAAAGACUUUCGGGGAGAUAAGGAGGUGGUUCUCACGGCCGUUCGACAAAAUGGUUUGGCAUUGAGACAUGCGCAUCAGAGCCUGAAGAAGGACAAGCCAAUUGUCCUUGAAGCUGUGACAAACUGUGGAGGUGCCUUGUCACUUGCUGCAGAAGAGCUACAGGGAGACGAAGAGGUGGUUGAGGUUGCCAUAAAAGCCGACGUGACAGCCUUGCAGCAUGCCUCCAAAAAGCUACAGAAAGACAAGGGCUUCAUCAAGAAAUUGGUGGAGCGAGAUCCGUCCGUCCUAGAGUAUGUUGACCAAGAGCUAUGCGGAGAUGAGGAUCUGGUUUUGGCAGCUGUUAAGAAAAGACCUCGCAACAUGAGAUUUGCUGCGGAGGAGCUAACAAAAGACAAGGCCUUCGUUCUGAAUUUGGUGCAGAACAAUCCCUCCUCCUUGCAGUUUGCUUGUGAAGAGCUACGGCGAGACGAGACUGUGGUUAGGGCAGCUGUGGAAAAAGAUCCAAGUGCUUUCCAGCACGCUGCAGAGGAGCUAAAGAAAAACAAGAGCUUCGUUACGGAACUGGUGGUGAAAGAUUCCUCUAUCUUACAGUUUGCUGCCGAAGAACUUCGAGGCGACAAGGAGGUUUUGCUGGCAGCAGUCAAACAGGAUGGUUUAGUAGCCCUUGAGAUUGCUUCUGAGAAGCUACAGGGAGACAAGGAUGUGGUCUUGGCAGCGAUAGCAAAGAAUGGUCUCGCCCUGAAGCAUGCUGCCAAGGAGCUGCAACAAGAACACGAUGUGGUCUUGGCAGCUGUGGCCCAGGACGCUUUUGCACUGCAACAUGCAGCUUCGGAGCUGUGUGAGACAAAGGACUUUGUUCUCAAGGCAGUUUCAAAGAACGGCACAGCCUUAACAUUUGCUAGCAAGGAUCUGCAAGGAGUGAAGGAGGUAGUCUUCGCGGCUGUGGCCCAAAAUGGUACUGCAUUACAGUUUGCUUCCAAAGCGAUGCAGGGAGAGAAGGAGGUAGUCUUGGCGGCUGUGACCCAGAAUGGUAGUGCCUUAAAAUUUGCUAGCAAGGAUCUGCAAGGAGUGAAGGAGGUGGUCUUGGCGGCUGUGGCCCAAAAUGGUAGUGCAUUACAGUUUGCUUCCAAUGAGAUGCAGGGAGAUAAGGAUGUGGUAUUGAUGGCUGUAAAAUCGAAUGGUGUGGCUUUGGAACACGCAGAUAGAGAGCUGCGGAACGAUAGGGACGUGGUCCUAUUAGCUGUCUCACAACACGGUUGUGCCGUACAAUUUGCUUCAGAAGAGCUUCGGAAGGACCGAGACUUCGUCAUCGAGUUGGUGGAGAAAACACGCGCAGCAUGGCUCCUCAGGCUGGGCUGCAUGGAGCACUUCCAGAAGGAUGAAGAGCUCGUUCAGAUUUGCAAGCAGAAAGCCGGGACUGGUUUAGUCUUCACAUUCUACAAAAGCGCCACUUGCUUCUACGGUAUGACGCAGUUCUUCUUGGCCACAGGGGCAUCAGUACCUGGUGGGACCGCUUAUGAAGAAGUGAUGAAGAAGCUGACAGAGUCGCAGGGAAAAGAAGGUACUGCCACCGUUUGGUUUGGAGACACUGAAGUCUUCGGUGCUUAUGCUGACGAUGGUAAGUGGACACACCCAUCAGAACCUUGUGGUCGUGACAACAUUCCUGUCCCAGCAGAGCGCUCUGGCAUGUGGAACACACAGGUCGAAUCUCAGAAAGGAGAUAGUGAACCAAAGGUGAAAGCCAAGUACCCUUGCUGGUGCUGUGAAUGGCUCCGGCUAGUGCAGAAGAAGCAUUCUGAAGGGGCGGUGAUUUGCUGUGCAGUCUCCAACAUUUAUUAUCCAGAUUGGGUGGACAAGUACAAUGCUGGGUCAUCAGAGCUCAGUGACGAACAGGCAGCACUGCAUGGACAGCCCCCGGAGUCCUUCAAGAAUGGCAGACCUGAUGGAUGGGGCACCGGAACGAUUCUCAUUGAUGGUGUGGAGUAUCAACGUCAGGCGCCAAUCCACCCUCGCACCGGUAAGCCUCUUGGGCAAGGCUGUCGAUGGGAGCGGCACGCUUUGGAUGGUUUCCCCUUCCCUGUCUACGUCUUCUUCAUCCCCUGAGCCCAGAUACGCCAGAAUGACAGGCGUACUGGCUCAGCAACCCAAAUGAAUGCAGUCUAAUGAACAACUUACUGCAACUUAUUGUUACCUUAGAUGUGUUUUGUGCAGGCAAAUUGCCGCACGGCACUUUAAAGCCGUUGACGUUGGCAGAGGCCGAACAUGGCUUUUGCUGGACGUCGGCAGGCUCGUAGAACCGAUUGGGCGGCGAGCCCAACAGCUAUAGUUGAAAACAUAUUGAAGCGACCUUGCAGCUCAAAGCGGAGCCAGGUCCACAGCACCAAAAUGUAGUUUCACCGUUUGCUCAGAGGCGGAAGAAGCUGUGAAUGCACGUUCAAGACGCCGGAGCCGUUGUUGUCAACGGUCAAGAUCAGCCCCCACACACACACACAGUUUUUGUAAUGCUCAA